AUGUCUCUGGGAGAUUGUGUCUCAUCGCCUUUCCUUCAUGCCGAGCUUAUAAACUCCCCAAGUCAGUAUUCGAAACUGGAUAGCUAUGAUCAAAAGCAAGAAUUAGAAAACAAGUUUUGCAGAGACUUUGCAUGCUGUGGAUUGCAAUUGAACAAUUUGCACCAGUUGCUGGAGCACUACGAAGCGUAUCAUUUGGCCCACAACAACAAUCAUAGUAACAACAGCUGUAGUGAGGAUGAGGACAAGGACCAGCUGCAUCUCAAAUCAGUGAUCGCUUUUGAUCCAAUGCAAGCCGAAUCUUUCAUGCAAUAUCAUAAUACACCUCCUCCAAAGAGACAUUUGACCACUGUUGAUUUAAACAUGCUAGAGAAUGCACAGAAAUACGCAUCCAGAACCAAAGUGCAGACCUUGGGCACCAUUGUCGAUGGAUUGCAUACGCCGAGUCUAAGUCCCAGUGAAAGCGUAGUCUCUGUAAGUCAGUGCUUUGAGCAGGAAGCGAAUAACACUGGCACUGCAAAGAUUUCAAAGAGUCACCAUGAUGAACACAUUGAAAAGCCAUAUCGCUGUUUAGUAGAAGAUUGCGACAAGGCUUACAAGAAUGCCAACGGCCUCAAAUACCAUCGAUUGCAUGGCCACUGUCCACCUUCUGAAGGUAGCGAUUCAUUGGAUGCCAACAAACCUUAUAUUUGCUCGCUUGGGAACUGCAGAAAACGAUACAAGAAUCUGAAUGGUCUCAAGUACCAUAUGGAGCAUACUCAUAUGAUCAAGAUGGCUAGCCUAAGCUCAGACAUGUUUUUAAAGAACGAUACUGUCUCACCAUCACCAUCUACUACUACAACUACCUCGACGCCUUCGCAACAAGGAGAAGAGCAGCCGUCAAUACCGUACCAUGGUCUCAAAAGAAGACUGUCGUCCUCAUCAUUAUCAUCUGCAUCUUCAUAUCAAACUUGUUUAUAA